CGCGCCUUGAUCCAAGAGUGUUCACAGUCCGGAACAUGGGGUUGGCCACUCAUGAUAAUCUAACUAUGAAUGCCAUGUUUCUGUCAAACCCAGAACCGUCAUCGUUCACAUGGACUUUCCAGAACUCUUCACAUAAUUCUUUUACUGAGCUAAUCGACGGGACAGACAACUUUGUUAUACAUAAUGCACCUUUUACAUCGAACCUGUCAGCUUUGUCAAUGGGGACACGUACGAACAUAAAAGAGGCCUGGUUUGGAUUAUAUAAGGUUACAGCAAUAAACAGUGAAGGCAACGGGACAGUCACUUUCAUAGUUGCAGCUACAGGAAAACCAAACCCCCCGUAUGAAGGUACAGCUGUGUGUCAAAAUACAGAUCGUGCAAUCUUAAGCUGGAGAUCGGCAUUCAACGGGGGAGCUGACCAGACAUUUGCUGUUGGAAGAAGGCAAAAUGAAAAGGACAACUUUGUUAUUGAUCAAGCCCUCGACCGAGUCCAGGACCCGGGGCAGGACCGAAUCAUCAAUAUAACGGUAUUUGGCCUGUCGCCUGGUACACAGCAUCUAUUCACAGUAUAUGCUGUGAAUACUUUUGGGAACUCGACAUUUAUAAAGGACGUAAACUGCACUACAAAAGUUACAGAAUCCUCCCCUGAGAACUCUCCUUUAGGAGCGAUACUUGGCGGAGUGGGUGGAUUUGUGGUUGCUAUCAUUGUUAUAGUUGUUAUAGUUGUCAUCGUUAUAACGAAGAGAAGGACAUCUGGAAAAAACACAAGAGAUGAUGAUACUGAGAUGAUUCCAAGGGUUGGGAGAUCCGCCGAAGAUGACAGUUCAGGCUCUUGA